AUGCCCAAAGUAGCUCGCACAAAACGGUCAAAAGUUAGCAUUUAUUUGGAAGAAUUUCCGAAUGAAACUUUUAGGAGUGAUGGACAAGUGUUAUACUGUCAGUCUUGUGAUAAAUCAGUAUCUAUCGACCAACGUGGUCAAGUUAUUCAGCACAUCAAUACCAGUAAACAUAGAGGCAAUAAAGACAGAAAGCUUAUAUUUCAACAAAAUUUUAUUUCUACAUCAUCCGCAUCUACCAAUAAUCCUGAAGCUGCAAUAGCAAUAAAAAAAACUGUUGAGCUCAUAGACAGUAAAAAUUUGCAAAACAAUUUAGCAUUUAUUUCGACUAAUUUUGGAUUUUUGGUUGAUACUAUUUCACAAUUAGAAACUUCUAAAAUGCCACUAACGGAGAGCUUAGAAAUAGUUGAUAAUGCCAUAAAGCAAUUAGAACGGGUUCCUGGAGAAAUUGGAGUUUUGACCAAUUCAAAAUUAAAAAAUGUAUUGGAAAAAAACACAGGUUUUAAUACUGUAAUGUCAAUAAGAGACAUACUAUUAAACAAAACUCCAAAUAACAAUAAUUCAGAAAUUGAAUACACUCCAAAAGAAAUAAUGUGUAUGAAAUAUGCACCUGUCACGUCCGUUGAUGUGGAGAGGUCAUUCAGCCGUUACAAAGCAAUGUUAAGACCGAACCGCCGCCACUUUACAUUUGAAAAUUUCAAGCUAUAUGUUGUUUCUAACUGUUUCCCACAUGAAGACUAUGAUGAAUCAGAAUAG